CAACUGAAGACCAACAUCACAAUCGGAAUCAUCAAGAUGCUGAAGCUUACUGCCAACAAUGUAUCAACAACCCUCAGCUAUACAAUUUUGCCUGUGGUUUUUCAGAAAAUGCAAAUAUUAAUUAUCCAAUUCUGCACCAAAUCGACGUUACAAACAGCAUUACAUAUAAUCAUUGCAAUGCUCUCAAACUGCCUAUAGAAAGUCCUGGAAUUUGCUGUUCUAAUGGAAAAAUAAUAUUAGCAGAGCCCAGUAUUCCAAUGUUUUUGCAGCAUUUACUUUCUAGCCAGGACAAUGUUGCAAAGGACUUCCAUAACAAAAUUCAACUUUAUAAUUUUGCAUUUACUUUCACUUUCAUUGGUGCCAGAUAUGAUCAUGGACUUGUCAAUGCACAAUCAGGUGUCUAUACCUUUCAUGUUCAAG